UACCAGUACUAAACACCUUCCGAGCCAAGCAUCUUACAAUCCAGUAUCAUCUUUGCACAACCUCUUUCUCCCAUAUACCAAAAUCCAUCAAUAGGAAACUUAUUGACUCCCGCAUCAACCAGAUCCAGAUGAAUACUCAAAACGAACAGCUCGCCACUUCUAAGGAAGCAGAGCAGAAACAUACCUCCACAGCAGCUACGGCCGAGGAUAAGAAUCCCGAGGAAGUCGCCGAGGCCAGCGACCCAGCCCAGGCAGCCACAGAGCCGACUAAGCCGACGCAGCUGCGCUCGCACUUCAAGGGCAUGCCCAACCAGUGGGAGAAGAAUAAGAAGAAGGAUGAUGCAUAAAUGUCUCUCAGCACACAACUGCGGCAGAGAACGAGGGUGGCACUGAGGGCAUGGUUUAGUCGUCAGGACACGUAUAUUUCAUUCUCUGGAUUCUGCACUGCGUAGUUAGCUCUUGGGUGGGCGUCAUUGGUCACAAGCCCCUGAGUAUAUCAGUUGAGAGACUACAAGUAUCAAUGACCGUUUAUAACGUUUGGACUUAGUGAACUCGAUGACUCACCAACCAUAUGUCUCCAGGGAUAUGCUUGACUCGGUUAGUGUGGCUGUAUAGGCAGAGGCUUCGUUCGCUGCUGACAAAUGGAGGGCUUAUUGUGCACUUUGUUAAGCUUCACUUAAAGGGCAACCACUACCUAGAUUAUGUAUCCAAAAGAAAGACAAGAGUAUUUCACCAUUGAACCCGUCUGAAUUAGUACUUAAG